CGCGGAGGGGCUAGCGGGCAAGGGCAGGCGCGUGGCACUGGCCGCCCCCCUCUCCCGGGUGCCCAGCUUUUGCUCGGGACCGGAGGAGGAGGAGGAGAGGCAAGUUGGGAAGAGGGACCGGACCGGACCGGCCUGCUGACUGCCCUGGAAGGGGCUUGCUCUUGAGUCCCCCCCCCCAUGUGGGCAAUUGGGGGGCGGCGCCCCGCGCUUGUCCUUCGGGGGGCUUUGCGGCGUCGCCCCGCUGGCUCGCUCGGGGAACCUGCUGGAAGUGGCAGCCUGCGGCCAUCGGCUGCUGCGCGCCCCUACUUCCUGGGGGCGAGUCCCCCCGCUUCUUCUCCGAGGCAGGGGAGACCGGCGCCGCCCCGACCCCCUUCCUGGGGGCGCGUCCGGUUGGCAGGGGGCAAGAAGCGUCCCCGCUCCCUGGAUGGGCAGGAGGUGCCCGAGAGAAGAGAGGAGAGCUGGUGGCUGCGCUCUGGACAUGCUCAGAGGCAGGUUGCCGCUCUCCUUUCAGAAUGUGGCCCCGGGACCGGCAGCCGAGCCCUGGCAGAAAGAUCCGCGCGCCCCGCUUUGUGCUCGGCCUGCUGGGGCCCCGACGGCUGGACCUCGCCGCUGUCCAGCCCGCCCGCGCUGCCCUGGAACAACAGCCUCGCAGGCUCGCUCUGCCCUGCCCAAUUCCCCUCCGGGGGCGGGUUCGGGGCCGCCGCCGCCGCCGCCUUCCUUGCUGCGAAUGCGCCGCAAGGAAGAGGGCGAGGGAAGGAGCGCAUCCCGGGCAGCUACAGGCGCCCGGGGCGCGCGUCUGCAUCCCCAAGGGUCGGCUGGCUCUGCAGACUGCGAGUGUGUCACAACCGUCUGGCGAGAUGCUGCGGUCGCAGGAUAACGGGACACACAUGCCGGGAGAAGUGAUCCGCUGGGUCGACGUGUACAACCGCAGCUUCUGCCAGCCCAAGGAGACGAUGGUGCCGGUGAGCGCGGAGCACCCUGGGGAGGUGGAGCACAUCCUGGUCCCCUCGUGCGUGCCCCUGCGGCGCUGUGCCGGCUGCUGUGCCGACGAAGAGCUGGAAUGCGUGCCUGUCCAGAUGCACGUCGUGGUCAUGGAGGUGAUGAAGACCCGGUUCCCACGCAGCCAUUUGGGCCAGAUGCCUUUUGUGGAGCACAGUGCGUGUGAAUGCAGACCAAAGAAACUGAGCAAAGACCAGACCAAAAGGCCACCUUGCCUUCCCUGUCGGGACAGGAGGCGGCACCUGGACCCUCAGACGUGUGAAUGCCGCUGCCGCCGGCGGCCUCAGCGCUGCCGAGCACGAGGCCUGGAACUCAACGAGCACAGCUGCAGGUGUGAGAAGCUCCGAAGGUGACCCCUCAGCAGAACAAGGGGGCAGCCUUGGCACAUCCCCUGCCCCACACGGCACUGUGGCAGGCUCUGGACCGGGACAGAUGGACGAGGGCUUUGGACAGCUGGCGAGAGGAGGGCCCCUCUGCUCAGGGAGGAGGCGUCUGGCGCUUGCCAAGGAAGGAGAAACUCCCCCAGCCGGGCCCGUACCAGCCGGGAUGCUCUCUCUGGGCAGUGAGCAGGGGCUGUACCACUUUCCGCCCGGACUCUCUGGAAAUGCCCAGCAGCCUCCAGGCACGGAGAGAGGCCCCCUGCCCCAUAUUUAAGACCCAGGACGGGCCUCUUGUAUCCCCUCCUGGCCACCCACACCUCUUUUAAUUUAAUGGCCUUUCUCCGGAGGGACUCUGGGUUGCGGGUUAUGCCCACUUCCGUCACCGCUUUGCUGCCGGGUCUUGAUGGGGGAGGCUCCAAGAUUUCGCCCCCUUCCAGGCUGAAGGAAGAGACUCGUUGGCAGCCGUGGUAGCUCCGCUCCUGCUUGUACUCCCCGCCACCACGCGGUCAUUAUUACUAGGAAUAUUACGAUUAUUAUUAAUAUUAAUAUCCAUAAAACCCUGUUUCUUGUUGCAGCCGCAA